AUGCCAGUGACUCGUUCUGCAACGCGUGCGGCCGCUGGAUCCUUCCCGGCUGUGAAUGCGCCUAUUGUUGUCGCCGAGCCCAAAAAACCUCUGAAAAGAAAGGCGGCGAGCGUCCCCGCAGCGAAGAAAGAGACAAGGAAGAAGGCGAAGGCAGACGUUUCCGACGACAAUGAUGAUGCGACUUUGUCCAGAGAAGACUCAGAAAAAGACAAGGGCAAUCCAUCCGUCAACGCUCAAGGCGAUGCGGCCGCGUUAGUACCAGCUGUGCUCACCUUCUCGUUCGAAGACGCGAAAGAACAUCUCAUCAGCGCGGAUUGUCGCUUCGAAGAAAUGUUCAAGCGUAUGCCAUGCAAGCCCUUCGAGCAUCUCGAACAAUUUGAUCCCUUUCGGACGCUGGCCAAUUCUAUUAUGGGGCAACAGAUAUCUUGGCUAGCAGCGCGCGCGAUCAUUCACAAAUUCAUCAGGUUAUUUGAUCCUUCUCUGCCUGAAAAACCUGUGGACCACUCUAACGUUUCUACGUUCUUCCCCACUGCUCAUCAAGUGUCAGAAAUGGAUCUCAGCAUCCUUCGAACUGCCGGCUUGAGUGGCCGUAAGGCCGAGUACAUACACGACCUUGCAAGCAGGUUUUCUGACGGGCGUUUGUCCACGCAGAAACUCCUGGAAGCCAACGACGAAGAUCUGUACGACAUGCUGAUUGAAGUGAAAGGGAUAGGCAGGUGGACUGUUGACAUGUUUGCUCUGUUCUCUCUUCGUCGUCCAGACAUUCUUCCAGUUGGCGAUCUUGGCGUGCAACGUGGCGUUGUCCGCUGGUUCCUGUCCCUGCACACACCGACAACGUAUCCACUCACCAUCUCACCUGAGAAGCUACCUAGUCUUCCCACAGACGAUGCGCAGAAAUCCAAGUCGAAUGGCCGAAAAGCGGCUGAUGACGAAGCACUCCCUGUGCUUGGGGAACCCUCUGGGAGUAACGACAUUGCUCGUCCGCAAACGCCUGACUUGUCUUCCGUUCCGCCCGCCCCGGAGGGUCUACCAUUGACACCACCGAAGAAGGCCGGAGGGAAGGGUAGGGGUAAAGGCAAGGCUAAAACUAAGGUUGCUGACGAUAGCGAGAGCGAGGAUGCUGUGCUCCCCCCUCCGUUCACACCGUCCAUAAAUCAAGCCCUGAACAUGGGUGCUAACGGGGAUGUGCUCUUGCUUCCGCCUCCGCCGCUACCGGAAGGACUAACGCCUGGAAUUUUGAAAAGUCGGCUGGAUGGGAAGAAGAAAAUAAAGGGCGCUUUGCUUACACCCAAAGAAAUGGAAGAGCUGACGGAUAGCUGGCGGCCGUAUCGUAGCCUUGGUGUGUAUUACAUGUGGGCGUUAGCAGACCCACCUAAAUAG